AUGUCGGAACUCGGGGUCCCAUUCCUCCCACCCGUCUUGCUGCUCAAUCUCCUGGCCGGCUUCCAACAGGCUGCAGCCAAAUGUGGUUUCUUCUUCACCUGCCCUGAAGGAUUCAAAUGCUGCGGUGAUAGCUGUUGCCAAGAAUAUGAAAUUUUCUCCAAUCCCUUGAGGAUCUUCAGCAUCAUCUUCCUGGUGUUCCUGCUCUUCUUGUUCAUCUGUGGCCUGGCCAAGCACUUCUGUGGACACUGCAGAAAGUUAGAACGGGGCCCUCCGGCGGAGCACCAGGGGCCCCCACCACUGCCCUCCAGCGUCGCCCCAGAGCGGGCCAGGGCAUUCACCUCUGAGCCUCCGCCCUCCUACAAUGAGAUUAUUCGGAUGCCUGCUGUAGACCUGCCCCCCACGGAGCCACCCCCUCCCUACAGCUUCAGGCCUGAAGAACAUCCUGGGGUCCGGAGAGGCAUUGACAACCCAGCCUUCUGA